GACACUGGAGCUCGAUCGAGAAGCAAGGCUUGUUCUUGCCUCCUUAAAAGUGAAGAAUUAUUCAAAGUUUAAGAAGACCAAGGUCACAAUGAAGACUCUGAUGAUCCUGGCUGCCCUGGGAUUAGUCCUACAUGAGACGACGGCAGGGACUCACUCUCUGAAGUAUUUCUACACGGGGUCUUCUGGAGUCCCAGACUUCCCAGAGUUUGUGACUGUUGGGAUGGUGGAUGAUACUCAGAUAAAUUACUUUGACAGUAACACCCAGAGAGACGUACCCAAACAGGACUGGGUGAAAAACGCGGUGGAUCCUCAGUUCUGGGAGAGGAACACUCAGAUCUCUUUGGGUGCCCAGCAGACCUUCAAAGUCAACAUUGAAAUUGCAAAGCAGCGCUUCAACCAAACUGGAGGUGUUCACAUUAACCAAAGGAUGGUCGGCUGUCAGUGGGAUGAUGAGACUGAAGAGGUCCAUGGAUUUUUUCAGGAUGGUUAUGAUGGAGAAGACUUCUUAGUGUUUGACAUGAAGACAUUGACUUGGAUCGCUCCGAGUCAACAGGCGGUCAUCACCAAACAGAAGUGGAAUAAUAACAAAGCUCAGUUAGAGUAUUAUAAGAACUACCUCACCAAGGUGUGUAUUGACUGGCUGAAGAAGUAUGUGGACUAUGGAAAGACCUCUCUGAUGAGAACAGACCUCCCCUCAGUGUCUUUCCUCCAGAAGUCUCCCUCCUCUCCAGUCACCUGCCACGCUUCAGGUUUCUACCCAAACAGAGCCGUGAUGUUCUGGAGGAAAGAUGGAGAGGAGCUUCAUGAGGACGUGGAACUUGGAGAGAUCGUCCCCAACCCCGACGGAUCCUUCCAGAUGAGUGUUGACCUGCAGAAACUUCCAUCUGGAGACUGGGGGAAGUACGAAUGUGUGUUUCAGCUCUCUGGAGUGAAGGAGGACUUUGUCACCGUACUGGAUGAAAAGGCAAUCAGGACCAACCAUGGGAAGACUGGAAUCAGAAGUGAUGAAGUGAAUCACACGCCCAUGAUCAUCGGUAUCAUUGCUGCAGUGGUUCUUCUACUUCUCGCCCUCGCUGCUUUUGUUCGAUUCAAGUAUUGCAGAGGCAAAAAAUCCAACUGUGAUACAGCUUCUGAAAACAGCUCGGAGCUCAACGAGAAACUGAACCCGGUGCCGACAGCAUAAACACACCACCCUGCACUGUUUCUCUCGAGUGAGUGAUUCAGUGAGUGAGUGAGUGAGUGAGUGUGUGAGUGUGAGUGUGUGUGAGUGAGUGAGUGAGUGUGUGUGUGAGUGUGUGCGUGAGUGAGUGAGUGAGUGAGUGAGUGUGUGUGUGUGUGUGAGUGAGUGAGUGUGUGAGUGUGUGAGUGAGUGAGUGUGUGUGUGUGUGUGUGUGUGUGUGAGUAUGAGUGAGUGAGUGAGUGAGUGAGUGUGUGUGUGUGUGUGUGUGUGUGUUUGUGUGUGUUUGUGUUUGUGUGUGUGAUUACUGGAGUCCCCCUCUCCCACACUGCAGUUGCUGUAAUUCUCAACAAGAUGAGGCAGGAGGAAAAGGACGGAUGCGGUUUUCAUCACAGUUAUGUUGAUUGGGACAAAAAUUCAAUCUGGAUAUUUUAAAUCUAUAAAAAUCAAACACUUUGAAAACAGCAGCAUCAAUUCAAGAUGUACCUCCCAUCAGUGUAAAUAGCCUGUAGUAUAUAAUUGUGUUGGGUUUGUUUUUAAACUGAAGCAAAUAACAUCUCAUGUCCUUCAGUUGUUUUUUCUUACAAAUCAAGAGUGUGUGUUUUAGUUUUAUGAUGUUUCUCUUUUAACGUGUUUGGAAACAUUAUCUUCUGAUUUUGGCAGAAAGCCUUAAAUGACUGUAGGACGUUUGAAACUUCUCAUCAAGCGAAUCUGAAAUCUUGUUUUAUAGUUCCUGCUUGUUUUCAGGAACAAGGGACGUUUCCUCUCUAAGUUAUAGAAAUUGAAGAUUCUUUCUCAGAAUCACUUCUCGGGUGUGGUAAAGUUAAGUUGUGGUGUUGAUCUGCUGUUUCAUACUCUUGUACUGUGCAUUUUCUUUUUAAAUAAAGUCCCUCUCACUCUGACA